AUGAUCACAUUCGCUGCGAAUAACGAGUUUUUUCGGAAGCGCAAAAGAGUCCAUCGCGCAUGCGAAUCAUGUAAGAAGCGGAGAAAGCGCUGUUCGCAUACCUUCGAUGACGAGGGCGAACCCGGAAGCAAUACCCAAAGUGGUGGCGGAAGCAAUCCGACAUCCUCAGAUAGCCCUACAACCAACGGACACUAUCACCCUCAUGAUCCCAGGAGUUCCCGUGGAGACUAUGGCCAUGCUCAAUCCACAAUGCCGCCGCCGCAAAGUCCGGCCUCGGAUCAUACCGCCCAAACACCACCCAACUUUCUAGGUUAUCUCAACCCUGAAGCUGUCUUACGAGAGCAAGUUCACUCUGAGCGUGGAAAAACUGCCCAGUCUCCCAAUCACCCUCCAAUAGGUCAAUGGAUCGAAGAACGAGAUCAGAGACAAGCGUCGAUCCAAGCAGGAUCAAGCUCUUCACGCAUUAUAGAAACAGGUCCGCAUUCCAACCAGGAGGCUCAGAUAUCUAGGGCUCUCCUGACUUAUCUAGACGCUGUUGGUGUUGAUAUCUUACCCUCUCGUAUGAACCAAACGGCCCUUCUCGAAAUAUACUUUAGCUACGUACAUCCACUUCUUCCGCUCGUGGACAAGGAGCUGUUCUACGAGCAAUACAACUAUGGCCGAGAACCGCGAAUUCUGAUGCAGGCCAUUUGUAUUGUGGCUUCAAAACACGCAACAGCAGCCAAGCAUCUGUACUUGGGCAAUGAUACCCAGCCACUGAACCCACGCGAGUUCUCGCAAAGGCUCUACAACGCAGUUAUUGUUGGCAUCGAAGCGAAGCUAGAGAAGAACCGUGUCGUUCUUAUCCAAGUGCUUGCACUCAUCUCACUGCAUUGCGAAGGUCCAGAUGGCGCUGAGCAAGCUUCAAUGCAUCUGGCACAAGCAAUUCAUCAUGCGCAUACCUUCGGCCUCCAGUUUGGGCACCAAUGGAAGAAUCAAAGUUCGGAAUCUCAAGGAAACUUGGAGGACGUCUUUUGGUGUUUGUGGAGUCUAGACAAGAUCAAUGCAUGUAUGAAUGGAAGGCCGUUGCUUAUGCAUGACCGCGACAACAGCUUGAGACAGCUACCAUCAGAUCCUGAGAAGCGGUCCAGUCCGUUCGGUAUAUGGCUACAGAUUUCAGAGAUGCUGGACAAAGUCAUCGACUACUAUAGGCCUGGAAGAGCUGCCGAGGAGACCGGAUGGGAAGGCGAUGACUUCUUGGGUUUUGAGGAGAUGGUCGGAGACGGCGAAGACAAGCUCGAUGGUCCUAUCAUGAGUCUCCUAUCACUUUUCCAUCACACCAUGUGCAUGGCCUCACACAAGUCCCUCUCUAUCAAUGCGCCCGUCAAAUCGACACCCUCUUACGUCCGACAGAGUCUUUCAGCAACAAGAGUGAUCCACCUUCUCAACGCUGAAUCCCCAGAGCUACUGCCACCGCUCCCUAUCGUACCAUAUGCGCUCGGUGUAGCACUUAGCGUAGUGUAUCGUCACUUCCGCUCUCGUCGUCUAAAGGUCCACGUCAACCGCGCUACCGAAGAACUCAAGCAAUGCGUCCGCCUGCUCGAUCGCCUACGAAACGCAUGGUGGUCUGCAGGCACAACAGCAGAUCUGGGACGAGCCGUGCUCAGUAAUGCUGCAGGACGUAAUACCAAUGCUGUCAACACACCCGUACCUGCUCCAGUAGAACCACGUCCUACGGAGCCGAAGACAGAGCCGCCAACACCGCAAAGCACACACGGCACUCAGUUGCCACUACAAAAUCAGUCGCAGCCGUGGUCGCAGAACGUGGGAGAUACGCCCAUCGACCCUCGAUUACAGCAACAGCAGCAUCAUCCUCACGCCAACUCGCCUAUGACUAGCUUGCUCAACCCAAUACCCGCUCCCACACCCGGCCAACAUCCUACAAGUAGCGAGCGCGCAGAUCGUGCGCCCAUGGCGGGACCUCCCGCUGGCUUUGGUUUCGCAGAACAAUCGCCAGAUUGGCUGAACUUUGAUGCGGCGUUUGAGAACUUUGAGGGUUUGUUAGGAAGUAGCGGGGCGGAUUUGAGUAACGAGCUCUUCAGGCCGUUGAACUACGAGACGCUGGAGGGAUUUCUAGAUCCUGCUGCUUAG